AGAGAGAGAGAGCGCAAGAAAUGGGGGAGUGGUGGGAGAGAGAGAGAGGAAGCGAAAAAGAGAGGCUCCACACGGCAGAAUAUAAAUCUGUAUGUUAACAGGACUAAAGCUGGAGGUCUCGAAGCGGCUUUAGUGGUUCUGCUGGUGGGGGGUGACCAUACAGCAUCAAGAGGUGGUCUUCUCUAUUAACUGAGGAUCUGUGCAAAUAAGGAAGUGGAACCCGUGGGAGCUGUGAACGCCGGUUGUCAAGCACAGUGGUGGGCUGGUCGGAGGUCUCUGACCCCCUGAUUUUUAUUUCUGGAAGAAAAGAGAAGAGCCAAAAAAGACACGAGAGAAACAGGAAGGUGGCAGCGAGGGGACCAGUGAGCCAUUUCUCUCUUUAUUACUUCCAUUCACAAAACCAUUGCAUCCCAUUAUCACAGCGAUGUAGAGGCAUUCUCUCCGCUUAGAGGAGGAAGGGUCCCAUUGACUGCUGAGGCUUAGCACCUCUCUCCAAACGCUAGCCCUUUUCAUUGCAGUCCCCCCCCCCUCAUCUCUCGCCUCUAUCCUUACGUCUGCUAUUUUCUCUGUUCUCCUCUCUUUUCUUGUCCCUUGUAUUCUUGUCCCUUUUCACACCACUCAGGAAUCAGGAGGCAUUGCGUUUUGGUAGAAGUGGGUGUUUCUGGAGCUGUCAUUGUGUUUGGUGCCGCUACAAAGGACAGCUGAGCAGGGAGUGAGAGAGAGACGGCUUUGGAGAUAAUAAAACAGCAGCCUGAAAGAAAAGGGGGGACCUGGGACUACAGGAACAGCUGACAACCACUGGAAGGUGAAUUGGGAUGAAAAGAAAACUGUUACAGAGACUGACAACCAUUUUAAGGUAGCUAUUUGUUGAGACCAUUGCCACUUCUGGAGGGGAAUAAAGAAGCAGUGCAGCCAAACCAACACUGCCGGUUGGAUUCUCCUAUUGCUGUUGCUAAGCAAAGUCUUUAACCUGAAGUUCUUGGGCAGACAGUAUUGAGCAUCACUCUACAGCCAUGAAGGGGAGCUCAGAGGAAAGCAUUGAAAGCGUCAGGCCCUCCAACCUGCAAGCUUUUGCUAACAUAUCCACCCUACAUGGCAUGAGUCACAUAUUCGCCUAUGGGCACAUGACAUUCCGUCGGUUUCUUUGGAGUCUUUCCUUCCUCGGUUCACUAAGCUUAUUGUUGCUGGUCUGCAUGGAUCGAGUGUCAUAUUACCUGGAGUACCCUCACGUCACCAAACUGGACGAGGUGGCGGCGACGAACCUCACCUUCCCUGCUGUCACCUUCUGUAACCUCAAUGAGUUCCGCUUCUCCAAAAUCACCAGAAAUGACCUGUAUCAUGUGGGAGAGCUCCUGGCCCUCCUCAACAAUAACUAUCAAAUAGCCAACCCACACUUGGCUGAGCCUGAGGUUCUGGCUGCCCUAAAGGAUAAGGCAAACUUCCAGAACUUCAAGCCCAAACUGUUCAACAUGACUGAUUUCUAUAACCGCACAGGUCAUGACAUCCGUGACAUGUUACUGCAGUGCACCUUUCGAGGAGAGGAUUGCUACCCGGUCAACUUCACCACAAUUUACACACGCUAUGGAAAAUGCUACACAUUCAACUCCGGAUUAGACGGCAACCCUUUGUUGACCACGUUAAAAGGUGGAACGGGGAACGGCUUGGAGAUUAUGUUGGAUAUUCAGCAGGAUGAAUACCUGCCUGUGUGGGGAGAGACAGAUGAGACCUCCUACGAAGCAGGCAUCAAGGUUCAGAUCCACAGCCAGGACGAGCCGCCCUUCAUUGACCAGCUGGGAUUUGGUGUGGCCCCUGGUUUUCAAACUUUUGUGUCAUGUCAGCAGCAACUGCUUCAGUACCUCCCUCCGCCUUGGGGAGAUUGCAAGUCUACUCCCAUAGACUCUGAAUACUUCUCCACGUACAGCAUCACCGCCUGCCGCAUUGACUGUGAAACCCGGUACCUGCUGGAGAACUGCAACUGCAGGAUGGUUCACAUGCCUGGAACCUCAACAGUGUGCACACCUGAGCAGUACAAAGACUGUGCUGACCCAGCUUUAGACUUUUUGGUAGAGAAAGACAACGAUUACUGUGUCUGUCAGACCCCCUGCAACAUGACUCGCUAUGGCAAGGAGCUGUCCAUGGUUAAGAUCCCCAGUAAGGCAUCUGCUAAAUAUCUGGCUAAGAAAUUCAACAAAACUGAGCAGUAUAUCGGAGAAAAUAUAUUGGUCUUGGACAUCUUCUUUGAAGCUCUGAAUUAUGAGAAGAUUGAGCAGAAGAAGGCCUAUGAAAUUGCAGGGCUUCUCGGUGACAUUGGAGGUCAGAUGGGGCUGUUUAUCGGAGCCAGUGUCUUAACAAUACUGGAAAUAUUUGACUACCUUUAUGAGGUGUUUAAGGAUAAGGUUUUGGGCUACUUCAUACGCAAGAAACGACCACAGCGUUGUCAGAGCGACAAUCUGGAGUUUCCAGAGAACCCAACCAGCCCUGGUGUCACGCCUAAUCAUGCCCCCAGAGCACCUGUGACACCCUCCGGAGUCACUCGGACAGUCUCGGAUUCACGCCGAACAUGUUACCUCGUCACCCGACUCUAGGCAACUUUGAGGAGUUUGCUUGUUGACAACAUAAAGUAGGGGUUGGGGGUGGGGUGGCACAUCUGGGGACUUGACAGCAAACUGUGAAAUAAUUUAUGUAUUUAACAGAAAAACGGUUGAGUGUGUAACUCAAAAACGUAUAGUAGAGUUUAUCAAUGCCUGAAUAGAAAUAGAGUACUAUCAUCAGAAAAAAAGAGACCACUUCCAAAACAGAACUCAGGUUUAACUGCCAUGUCAAGGCAUCAGUGUUAAGUUAUUCAUGUCUCAUUUUCUUUUUCUUAUGCAGUCACUUUAGAGUUAUACAAUCGCUGAAGAAAAAUGUGAAGGGGUUUCUGAUCUGUGAUGAGAUGUAACACUGUUGUGCAAGUUCUUCUGUGCAUUAAUCCAAAAGAAAAAAAAAAAAGAAUACAUAUGGAUUAUGUGUAGCUUUGCAGUUUCUCAACAGUGUUACGUCUCCAGCAUCUAACCAAUGCUGUAUUGAGUGACCUUAUACUGUCACCAGUUUGAGCAGGAGAGCCUUUUCAGAAAUCUGAUUGUUGGAUUUAAGAGCUGCUCAUGCCUGAGUCAGAACACAAGACUGGUGUUUAAUGUUGCCUUUUGCUACCGUGAGGCUUUGGAUUGUCUCAUGAAUUAGACGACUGUGCUUCAUCAGUUUUAAAAAAAAAAAAAAAA